CGAGCGCUUCACAACCUUUUCCCUACAUUGUCUCCCAUUGACUAUCGAGAUCAUGUCUUUUACAACAACUGUCACCGCGGCACCUCCGCCCGGUCAACCAGAUAUUGCUUACGCUCCAAACUACGAAAACUACCAAGCCAGAGCAGCCAAGCGACUCAAAGAGGGGAACCUCCCGACUUCGGUCCCGGAAGGCUUUCCAAAGCAAUUGACAGGAGAUCUUGUCUGGGAAGGCGACUCAGUUGGCCAAAGUUAUGAAUGGACUUACAGAUUGUCUAAGGAACAGCUCGACGAGAUUGAUCAAGCUUUACAGCAUUUCAGAGGCCUUGGCCUUUCGCUAGGGCAUCUCUCGGCAGAGACAUUCCCUCUACCAAAUCUACACUCAGAAUUAAGGAAACUUUCCGAUGAGCUACACAAAGGCCACGGGUUCUUCGUCAUCCGCGGCGUUAACGUAGAUAGCUAUACCCGCGAAGAAAACGCCAUAAUUUACGUCGGCAUCGCAUCCCACAUCGCAUCACAGCGCGGUCGUCAGGACAGCAAAUUCGAGGGCAAACCCGCCGACGUUGUCCUCACACACGUCAAGGAUCUCAGUGCCGGUCAGAACAAGAGCGCGAUUGGAAGUCCGGCUUAUACAACUGACAGACAGGUCUUUCAUACUGACUCUGGUGAUAUCGUGUCGCUGUUCUGUCUAGAGACGGCGCUGGAGGGCGGUGCGAGUAGGAUUGCGAGUACGUGGAGGGUUUAUAAUGAGUUGGUGAGGACGAGGCCUGAUUUGAUUCAUACCCUGUCACAGAAUUGGGAUGUUGAGAACUUCGCAAACCCGAAUAAGAAGUUUACGACUCGACCGCUUCUCUAUCAUCAAAAGGCAACCGAUACACUGCCUGAGAGAGUUGCCUUGCAGUACGCUCGUCGAUACUUCGUUGGAUUUGGUGCACUACCAAGAAGCCACGACAUUCCACCUAUCUCAGAAGCUCAAGCCGAAGCCCUCGAUGCACUUCACUUCUUAGGAGAUAAACUUAGCGUUUCGACAAACUUUGCAAAAGGCGAUAUGCAAUUCAUCAACAAUAUCGCUGUAUUUCACGCUAGAGAUGCAUUCACUGACUCGCCAACGCAGCAGCGCCAUCUUCUUCGUCUCUGGUUAAGAGACCCUGAAAAUGCUUGGAAGACUCCGGAGCCGCUGCGUGAGAGGUGGGCAGAACUGUAUGAGGGUAUGACUCCAGAUGCUCAGGUGUUUCCACUGGAACCGUAUAUUCGUAGUGCUAGCAACAAGGCCAGAUAGAGGCUUAUGUAGGGAAUUUGGGCGAUGAUGAUUUACUCAGGAAUUAUUUACCAAGACCACCUUAACUCAGUCGCUCUUGGUGCCCUGCGCAAGACUAGAGAUCUCACCGGCCAAACCUGCAUUCAAGAAGCUGAGAAGCGUAUCAAUAUAACCCAAAUAAAAGGCUUGACUAUAUCAUAAAUAGGAUAUAUAUAGGUCCAACAGGCAUGGCUAAACCCCAUCGCUUGGCCAAGAUUAGAUCGGC